AUGAAUUCUCUAUGGCCCUCGAGGCCGCCUAAGGAGGAUAGCGAGACUAGCUCCAGCGAGCCCAAAGCCGAAGCCGCGAAUCCAAGCGAACAACCUUCCGAUACCACACCCGAGCAGUACAACCUCCUGCCCCCUCCGCCACCACCGCCCGUCUCCUCGUCUCGCCCCGGCCUCGUCAGAAACUCAUCCAUCCCACCCGAGGCACCGACAGCACCGGCGCCUCCUGUACCGAUGCCUCCAGUCUCCAAUGCCUCCCAGCCGCCGACCGACUCGCUGUCUCUCAUGCAGCUUAGGAAGAUCGUGGCCGAGUUCAACAAGGCCGAACCUGUUGCGUACGACUUUGCCUACGAAGAUGCAGGACCACACGAGGAGGAGAUUGACGAAUGGUUCAGUUAUCAAUUCUGGCAGUGGGUGCGCCUGAAUGCUGUGCAGAGCGCCUUCGAGUCGCAAUGGCAGUCGCACUACGACAUGGCAUCGUGGACCGACGUGGAUGACGACGCGAGGACCGACUUUCUUCGCGAAGCGCUUGACAGCCUACAGGCUUCGGAACAGGCCGAUCGCUUGGACGCCGCCCGCGUGCUGUUGUACCUCUCGCUUGGACGCUGGGUCGACACGGCCGUCCCAACACGUCGCACACACGGUCUCAAGUCUGCUGCGAGCCCCUCACAGCUUGAUGCCAUCAAGUCACAGACCGUUUUCCUGACGUCACUUGACGGGCUGCGCAUAGUUUGGCAGUCCAUCCAAGACUGUUUCGAGGCCUUCUGGUCUGAGGACCAGGGCUUCCCCCAGCCGGGAAGUGCCCAAGACGCCCAGGACGAGCUCCUCAACCUCAUGACUGUGCUCUACAUCGCCAUCCAAGAGACGUUGAGCGACCCAAGCUCACUAGAGGCGACGCGCUCAGCACUACGUAUGUGUGCCCCCGUGAGAAUGUUACGGCAUCUCGCGCCAGAAAUUGACAUGUAUGGCAGUUGCCCUGAACCCCGGCUUGGUCAAUUUCAUAUCCUCCUCCUUCUCUGGAAGUCUAUCCUCCUGGUCUUUGGCGGCAUUGAUGAGAUCGUUGCUGCCAAGAGGGCCGUCAGCGAGACAGACAAGGACGAAAAGUCUGCCGCCAUCAUCUCAGCAUCGCCCCUGGACUACCACACGUUCCGUCAAGAGCUCACCUCUAAAUACCCCGCCUACCUACCACCGGCACCUGCCAUAAACCUCGAGGCCGAGAGCACCACGAUCCUCCCCCCUCCAUCGAACCAACCCCCGAGAGCGUCUGCGAAUGGCAUCAUCCCCGUGGCGCCAAACACGCAAAGCGGUGGUGCUUCCAUCCUCAACCAACCAGUGCACAUUGCCACCCCGGCUCCUUCACCUCCACCGUCCCCUAGUAUUGGUGGUAAAGGUGGUAAGAAGCAAAACUACCAAACAAACCAGAACUUUCCCUUCAUGUACCCGCCCCUGGAUACCACCAGCAACAGCGCUGGCGGCAAGGGCGGCGCGGGUCUGCAGGACACAUUGGUGGGACGAAAGUGGAAGGGCAGCGACAUUCCGGCCUCCAUCCUGGAGGCCGGCAACCUCUUCUCCGACCGAGUUCGGCUCAGUCGGGCCAUGCGCCAGCUGUGGGAUGAGCGUGUCAGGUUUAUGCAGACCGGUCGCGGCUGGCAAGGGGAUUCCGAUGACGACGUCAACAGUAUCGAUCUCGACCCCGACAUUGACCCCGAGGAAGACCUUGGGCUUGACCUCAGCGACAUGACGCCUGAAGAGAGGGAGUUGAUUGCUUCGCUGAGAGGUGUCAGCAGUAAGCGCAAGGCUGAGAGUGAGCCGUUGGUCGAUUAUGGUCCUCAUUCCACCAUUGACGAGGACGUGAAGAGUCGCCUUUUGGCCGUUGAGAGUUUUUACCAAGAAAUGCUUCCUCAUCUACAAUCACUAGUCAUUGUUCUUCUGCGGCCCAUCUUCAUGAAUGUCUCAGCUCUGUCCCAGCCGGGGCCAGCCCAACAGCAUCCGAGCAUGGCUGGGAGGGGCGCGAAUGCCGGCGUUAAUGGCGGUCCGGGGCAAGCGCGGCAACAGCAGGAGCCUUCGGCACCAGGGGCUGGGGCGCCAGAACCUCCAGAGAUGUCUCCGGAGGAGGUCGAUGCGACGCGGUCGAGAGAGAUCCCGACAAAAGCGGCCACCGGAACGCUCUUGCUGCUCCUAAAAUGGCUGAAGCUGUCACAUGUCCUCAAGUUCGAAUACCUCACACAGCUCUUAUUGGAUCACAACUACCUUCCCCUGGUCCUGAAGCUCUUCGCGCACCAGGAUAUACAGCAGGCUGUCGACAGCAAAACGGAUCGGAUAGAAAACAGUUUCUUCCACUUCUGCAACUUGAGGUCCAGCUUGGGAGCCCGAGAUGAGCCUCCAGCUGUGCCGGCUCCAGAGGAUGAAGAUGAAUUGAUCGAGAGCGAGGACGAUGCGGCACCUCCGCCUAUUCGCAGGCAACGAUCGCCUUCGGCGGUUGCCAUUCCUGAGACGAGCGAGGAGGAACACGAGCCGCCGGAAGGUCAAACCUCGGCGCGACCCGAAGUCGACGAGCUCGGCUACCCAGUCAAUCCCUUACCGAUGGAGCCAAUCACGGACUUUUCAAGGCGGAACUUCCUCUCGCUCAUCAACUACCUCCGCAUCAUGCAGAAGAUCUGUAAACGCAAGGCGCACCGCAACCUGCUGCUCGUGCAGUACAAGUCGUCGAACAUACUACGCAAAUCGCUCAAGGUUCCGCAGCAGGAGCUGCGCCUGUACACGCUCAAGCUUUUCAAGAACCAGGUGCCCUACUGCGGCCGUAAGUGGCGCCAGAGCAACAUGCGCGUCAUCACGGCUGUAUAUCUGCACGUCCGGCCGGAGCUGCGCGACGAGUGGCUCGCGGGCAGCGACGUCGACGCCGAGGUGGAUUCGGCGCUGCCGCUGGAGCAGGCGAUACGCAGCCUGACGCACUGGUUCAACAUGCGCAAGUACCCCGAGCAGGUAGCCGGUGACCUGCGGUCGGCGUAUCGCGAGAAGCAGAGUUUCUUCAUGCGCGAGUUGGAGAAGCUGGGUAUGAACUGGCACGACGCAGGGGGAGACGAGAUGGUCAACACAGAAGUCUCCGCUGCCGCGUUGAUGGCAAGGUUGACCAUCUGCGGUAUACUGCAAGGGAACUGCGAUGACCGAAUCACUACAUGA